AAUGUGACACGCUUGAAACAAUCGGAAAUAAUGUGACAACAAUACAGUGGAUAAUGCGACAAAACCAGUAUAUCUCAACAGUUUCAGGGAAAAGAUCAUUUAAAUGAAAGAAAAUUUUUAAAAAUUAAUUUAAAAAAUAACACGGAUAAUAUGGCAAAUUCUACCAAUACCACAAUUACCCAGGAUCCACUUAAUAGUACAACUCUAACCAAUGAAUCAGGAGGGACAAUGACAUCGGCUUCUGUGAUUGGUCAAACAACAACGGUUCCGGUAAUUGGUCAAACGUGUUCUCCUGACCAAAUCAACAAUGGCAAUAUUUUGUCUCAAGGUCCCUAUAAUGCUGGCUCUCGGGUUAUUUAUUCCUGCAACAAUGGCUUUUAUAUGGAUGGGGGACCUGUCAUGCUGUGUCAGAGUGAUGGAAAAUUAAAUGGAACAACCCCGAACUGUCAACAACUACCAACAAGCAAUGCCCAACAAGUUCCCGAUUGGGUGACUUGGUUUGUUUUCGGAGCUUCAAUUGCUUUGGUAAUCCUCCUAAUUGUUGUGGUAAUCCUGUUGGUUUGUUUGCUGAAACAAAGACGCUCCAAAGUAAUAAAAGUUGAACCUGCUCCUGAAAUUCCCUCGGAAAAACCGAAAUCCGCUGAAAAAUCUCCAAAUAUUAUCAACAACAACAACAAAGAAAACAACAACAUGAGCAAGGACCAACAAAUAGAACAACAAAAACAAGAUGAAAUUGAACAAAUAAACUACCAGAAUUCAGAAGAGAAAAUUCAGCCGGCCCAAGUCCAAGGUUCUAGCGUGCCUGCCUACACUGAAGCUGACCCUCGGAGAUCUGUUUGGGAUGGACCCGUGCCGCAAUAUGACCCUCGGAGGCAUCCUGCGGAGGGAUAUCUGUUUCCAGCGAACGGGCGGGUUUAUAACUCAUACGUUUCAGAACUAGAGCAAAAACGACGCAGAUCAGCUCUCAAUGACAUUUAAAUCAUUC